AGAGAGAGACGUGUGAGGAAAGAGAGGAGGAGGAGAAGAUAGAGAGGGCAGGAGGGAGGGGGCAUCGGCGUAUGCUUGUACACAACUACCCCUGAUUUCCAUUUUUUUCCCUAACUCGUAAUGUAUUUAAUUCAAGUGAAACGUAAUCAUGACGUGUGUUGUCAUUAAUCUCCUCGCCGCCUCUCCCGAGACUGUUGGAGGUGGUCAGGCAGAUUGCCAUAAUCAGAAUGCACCCUCUUUAAUUCAAGGAAGUGAAGCAUGGCAUAGACACAUAAACAAGUAUGGAAUCCCCACCAGAGAUUAUGCUGGCUCUUUCCUGUGAGCCUGCAUUGUCUCCUUCCUCUAUGCCGUCUCUGGACCACAGUCCCCAAUUCCUACCCCAAAGUCCUCAAUCAACCCCUUCUAGCCCUCAAACUGAACUCUAUGCUCCAGUAUCACCAUGCCCCCUUCCAGAGGCCAGCCUCCAAGAUGAGGAGGAGGAUGAGGAGCUGUCAACGCCCCCAUCACCCACCCCAGCGGUGGCGCUGUUUCCUAGUGAAUUGGAGCUUGGCAGUCCUUCAUCAGACACCAGUCCUCCAGCAACACCAUUAGCACCUUUUCCUGGUUUUGGAGCUCUGGAACAGGCAAUCUCCUCUGGUCAAAGUACCACCUGUGAUGAUGAGUUGGAUCUUCAGCUUUUUAACAAUGAUGGCAUGGCUUUCCCUGGAGGGACAAGCUCUGGGCCUGGCCUAAGGUUCCCGUGCCAUGUGUGUGGAAAGAGGUUCCGCUUCCAGAGUAUUUUGUCCCUGCAUGCUCGAGCACACAGUUUAGACAGGGAGCGUCGAGCUUCAGCUCCCUACCGGACCACACAUGCCAAACUGCAGCAGAACCAUGUGGGCAACAGUGUACUCCAAAAUCUCAACAACAGAGAGCCUGGUCUGAAACUGAGUCCAUUAUCUGGGUCAUUACAAAAGAGUAUAGAUGAAGACAUGGUUCCAGAGGAACCUCUUCAAACUGCAAGCAGCCCUCAGUUCCUUUUUGAAGAAAACACUGCCCUGACUCCACCUCUAACAGAGGAAGCACCAAUCUCAACCUCCUUCUCUCCACUCAGCCAAGCCCACUUGGAAGACAACACACCACCCACAGCUGCUUCGUCCUUCCGGUGUCAUGCCUGUAAGGGUAAGUUCCGUACAGCUUCAGAGUUGGCUCGUCAUGUGCGGAUCCUCCACAACCCCUACAAAUGUACAAUGUGUCCCUUCUCAGCCAGUCAGGAGGAAAGCCUGGCUGCCCAUCUGCAGGAGAGCCACCCACCUGAGGAUCCUGCCACUGAAACGGUUUUCCCUUCUCCCCCUAUAACAACACCAACAGAGACUCCUCCCUCACAAAUACCAGUUGUUCCAGCUUUCCGAUGCGAGACGUGUGGGCAGCGUUUUACUCAGUCCUGGUUUUUGAAGGGGCACAUGCGUAAGCACAAGGACUCAUUGGAUCACAAGUGCCAGGUGUGUGGUCGUGGCUUCAAGGAACCUUGGUUUCUAAAGAACCAUAUGAAGGUGCAUCUCAACAAGCUGGGCCUCAAAGCUGGAUUGGGAAAUCUGGGGCCAGCUGGAAAUGAGCAAUCCAAAGGUCCUGCAAGCACACAAGUGUUGGGGGCCCUGUAUUCUAAUUUGCUCCUGGCUCGCAGUAUGACCAGUGGUGGUGGUUCAGGAAGUCGCACCGAGAGGUCAGAUGCCAGUGCAGGCUCAAGCAAAUCCUCUAUAUUGGGUUAUUUGGGCUUACCCAAAGACAACAGCAAUGGAAGUUGCAUGGAGCGCCUUCAGGCAGUGGCACAGGUUGCAGAAAUGGGUAAUGGUGGAGGACGGGGAGGUAACACAGCAGAUGGAGAGGACAAGGCAGCCAUGUGGCAGCUGGUUGCUCGCAGUCUGGUAGCAGCACAGCACAACCAACAGCAACAGCAGCAGCGAUCCCAUUCACACCAUGAGCUUCCUUCCUCACGAGGCACAGUUGCUGGGGAAGCCAAACAGUUGAGGGCCUACCUAGGUGGAAUGGGUUCUAGAGAGGAGCUAGACGGAUCUAGUCAACCUUGGGAGUGUCCAGAUUGCGGCAAGCUGUUCAGAAGCCUUCAGCAGGUGGUUGCCCAUUCCCGUGUCCAUGUCCAGAAACCACAGAAAGGUCAAAAUGCCAGAGGGGGCAUGUCCAGAGAUGAGGACAUUAUAAACAGUGUGAGUGGUGCUCAGGCAACAGGCGGAGUAGUAGGAGGACAAAGAGCUAGUGACAAUGAAGGAAGGCAAGAGGGAAAGCAAUUACCAUCAGGUGUUGGGGCAGCUGGGAGCUUCCAUUCUGUUAUAUCACAUCUUUCUGGUCAGAAUGGUCUAAGGGGGUCAUCCUCUUCCACUUCAUCUUCAAGAGAGCGUGUUCGAGGAACAGGGAUAAAGGAUUGCCCCUACUGUGGUAAAGCCUUCCGGUCUUCCCAUCACCUUAAAGUGCACCUCCGUGUACACACAGGUGAGAGACCAUACAAAUGCCCACACUGUGAUUAUGCUGGCACCCAGUCUGGCUCUCUCAAGUACCACCUUCAGCGUCAUCAUCGUGAGCAAAGGAACGCAAUGGCAGCCACUACAAAUUCCCCAUCACCGAGCCUCCCCUCUCUGAUUGGCUGUCCUCAUGAAGGUGUGAAAAAGCGCCGUCACUCCUCCAUGUCCCAGUCUUCUUUUGGGAGGGUUCCUGGAGGGGCUCCUUCUUCAAGGCACAGUCAGUCAUGGGCUGCAAGCCCGCCAGAGAAGAAGGAGGGCACUACUGCAUCUGGACGUCACAGAGAGGGAGAUGUGGAGAGUCAGUAUCUCAGUCUUUCUGGGAUGAUGGGUACACUAUUUGCCGGCGGUCUAGAACCAAGUUGGAUUGGAGAGGUGCCACCUCCAAAAAUGCCCAAAGUGUCUCGACGGAAACCCCUUACUACAAGCCGCAUGAUGUCAGCAAAUGGUUACCAGGGCGGGAUGCAGUCCAGUGGGUCCCAGGACGGAAGCUUUGAACCUCUGGACCUUUCCCGCCGCCCUUUACAAGAUGAAGGGGGAGUGAGUAGCUCUGUCGGUGGACCAUCAGGUGUCUUUAAAGGAGGGAACGACGUCCUCAGUCAAUGUGUCUUCUGUCCCUUCCGGACCUCUUCUGUUGAGCUUAUGGCCAUGCACCUUCAGGUUAAUCACACCAGCAAGUCUCGUCGCAAGAGAGGAGCCUCUCUCUCAUCCGCCAAUCAUUCUACAAGACAAACUUUGGCCGGGUCAGACCGCGAUCCACUGGCUCUGUGGAAGUUCCUCGGUGCAGAGGACGGAGUAGCAUCUCCUGAGGAUUGGGUCUCGUCAAAGACAAGAGCUGAGAAUGGAGUCAGCCCAGAGAACAGGGACACAGAGGACAGUUUUGAACUGACCCCUGGAACUGUGGGACAUGUCUGUGAGAAGGGACUUAAAAUGAGAGAGGAGCUGGACAAGGAAGAUGAGGAAGUCGAUGAGGAGGAUGAUGACCUGGAAGCAAAUGGCAGCUUUGGAAGUGUACCCCAGAAUCACAGUAGAAGGGCUAGGUCUGUUUCAUCAGACCUCGCUGCUGAGGAUCUGCCCAAGGAGGAGGAAGGUGUCUUGGGGAAAUAACAUCAGACAAGAACCCUGGAUGAGUUUGGACAUAGCAGCAGGAGACAAACAUUUUUGAAGUACAGUUGUCCAGGGUCCCUCGUAUUAUUCAAACCAAGGGCAGACCAGUCGCUAUGCUAACAUACUGUACAGUGUCAGUAAACAAAUAACCUGCAAAAUUAUUUAAAUCAGACUUUCCGCUUAAUAUAUCCCCCGAGCCCUCCUUGGUUAGUGAUCGAUUACCUCUUCACACACACAGAGAUAUCCAGUAUUGUAUGCUAGUCCAAGCCUGCCUGUUUCGGGGCCUUCUUGAACACUGUUCUCUUGUUCCUGUCUUCUUGUCAGUGAACGCAAUUCAUGCCAAGUUGUAUAUUAUUUACAAUUUCCUUGCUCCUGUGAAUCUUGCUUUCAUCUCAACGGGGAUCUGGAAUGUCAAUCUGGGGAGCUGGAAAAGCAAAAAAGAGACACUGUUCUUAAUCGCUACGAUAUACAGUAUUAAUACUGAGAGACACGGACAUCCUACUUCCACGUGAACUUGAUCUGCCUGCACGUCUUCAGCAAACCAAAGGAGUGGGCACACUUCUUACCAUGCACCUGCCAGACUCUGAACAGAAUGCUGUGAUAACUGAACGGUACUUGUGAAUCACCUCUAACAGAACAGGACAGAGUAAAGAGUAUAUUACCAGAUAUCCACACACUGCCAGUCUGCUCAGACGGGUCUUCUUCAGAUAUUAUAUCAAACAGAGAUUCUGCCUCUUCUAUAUGCUAUUUCUUUCAGUGCCUGUUGAUGUAAAAGGUUUUUAGCAGAUUCAGUAACACAGGAAUAUAGUUACAGUGAAUAUAAACAGUAUAUAUGUGUAGUUGUGCUAGAGCGUAGAGUUCUGUGACAAUAUGGUGGCAGUUUGUGUGACUAUGUCAGCUGUGAAUGAAACAAUGAAUGAGCCCAGAGCACCACAUGUGGGAACAGCUGGCCGUUUGACAAGGGCCCUAUGGAAGUGUUUACAUUACAGACACCAACAGGAUUUCCGUGUGGAAUCCAGACCACUGUUACUUUGGAAAUAUUUCAAAUAUCAGGGUUCAAAAUGAAUCGCAAUCUAGAAAAUGGAGGCUCUGCAAUAUAUCCUAAAUAUUCCUGUGAUAUCUCAGAUUCUCAAACCACCCUAGAGAGGGUGGAAAGUGGGUCUCUAAACAUUCAGAAAACAUUUCUUUUUUUUUUUACAUCAAAAACUGGAAAAAGUAAAAAUAAGUAAAUAACACACACUAACAAAUUCAGACAUCCCAGUAGAACAUAUGUAGCUUUUGUAAAGAUAAGAGAUCACAAAAGAGGACAAAAAAUAUGUUGUUUUCCUUUUAAGAAGUGUUAAUGGAAACAGAUAUGGGUAUAAGUUUUAUAAUAAUUAUAAAAUAAGACUGCUUCAGAAUGUUUUUAGAGCACUGUGCAAAGUUUAUUUUCCCCUUAACUCACUUUUGUUUUGCCUUUAAAUGCAGACCAAACUUUAAUAUGUUUUUUUUCCACAAACCAUUUAUUUUUCAUAAUGCUGCAGAUUCAAUUCACGUUCCCUUAAACUGUGUUUUUACAUAUCUAUAAAUCAACAAAUCAAUCAUUUAGACACACAAUCAAUGUUAAAGCUUGCCUGAUGAUCUUGAAACUUCAGUGAUUGCUAAUAUAUAUGUAUAAGCUGAUGCAGAAACGUGUCCAAGACAUGUCCCAGUAUCAGCACUGUCAGUCUGACUGAUCUGCUUGCCAAAUUUGAUUUGAUGUAAUCGUGUCGCAUUUUUGAUGUGAAAUUAGCACAUCUUACAAAUAAUGAUCUAGUUUCCUCGUCCAUCUCUGUGAAAUCAUUUUCAUCGGGUCAUCUCAUUUUUAUCGUUAGACAGAGAGGAGGCGGUACCUUUGUCUGGUGAUUGACAGAGGCUGGCCUUAAUACGUGCGUUAUCGUGUCCUUGUUUCAUGUGUAGAGUAUCUUACGUUUUCGGUUAACCCCUGAUGUGGUGUUCCUUUGAGAUAACAGUCAAGCCACUGUGCCUUCUGUCCUGAGCACUUCCUCAAGUAUUUUGUAAGCUCACCAAAAGCACUUAGCCCCAACUGUUUCACUUUGUAUUCUUUGUUAAACUGCUCUGUACAUCUCUAUCUGAUCCUCUGUAUUGUAGGGGACAUUUCCAUUCCAUAUAAUGAGUGUCAUUCCAUCAUUCUUCAUUCCAUCUCCUGUUUCCCCUUCCCUUUAUCAUAUGCACCACUGAAAGUUAAGUACUAUCUAGCUCCGAGGCCUUUUCAGAAGUUACUUUAAUUUCUACAAUUUGAUGCCGAUGAGAUGAAUUCCAGCUCUUCUGCUUAUAAUUAUUAUCAUUGUUCUUUUUUGUCUCAUUGAAGAAAAAAAAAGCAAAAAAAAAAAAAAAAAAAAAAACAUGAACAAAAUGUGUGUUUUGAAUGUUGUACAGAUAGAAAUAGAGAUGUUGUGUUUCUAACAAGAGAUCAAACCAUGAUACCUGCUCUCCAUCGCUCCCUGCGCAGCCAAACAUCUGCUUCAGCAAUGAUGUGGCUCUUUUAGGACGGCCUAACUGUGUAUAGGGAUCAGGGCAAUAGUAUUGUUUUGUGUGUUUGUGUGUGUGUGCAUUGAUGUCUUAAAAAUGUAUAUUUUGUGAUGAUAUACAGACACUGUGAAAUAAGCAUAAAGUAUUCCCAAACAGUGAUGCGCUGCUCAGAAAUUCACUACUUUUAACAUGCACCUUUUUUUCCUUUUUAUUCCACCAGAAGUGUGUGAAUUCAUUAAUAUUAACCAGUGAGAGGGGGGAGGUGGAGAGAAGGUCUGGGUUUGGUCUUUUCAGUAGCUGACUGCUGUUGGUGGCAGAGGAAGCUGAUCUAACAUAGUAGUGACUAAUAUGAAAUUGUGGAUUGAAAAAAAAAAGAAAAAAAAAAAAAAACAGUAGAAAAGAUUCAAUAAAAUUCAACAAAAAAAAACAUGUUUUGCUUGCCGAAAGAUGUUUUGCAUUGCAUUACAGUCCAUGCUAUGUUUUAUGUAUGUAUGUGUGUGUGUGUGUUCAUGUUUUAGUAAAGCAUGUGCUCGGGGAUAAAUGGUCAUCACACUGAUAUAUUCACAUGGGAGGUGAAGGGUGUAAUUUUUGUGACAUUAAAAUACUCCUACCCCAGUUUUACAUGCAGAGUCACAUUAAGGUUGACUUUGUAAAUAGUGUAGCAUUAAAAGCAUUGGACUUCCAAUACGGUCUGUUGUAGGGUGGUUCUACUUGUUUGUUCAAAAUGCACCCUUACUUGGGUAGGAAAAAAAAAAUUAGGAUAAUAUUGUUUGUUCAACUUCACCUUCAAGUUAUUUUUUUGUAUAGCGAUUUUCACGAUACAAAUUGUUUUACAAAAAAAUAAGUUUCUACAAUGUAUUUUGUAGUAGCUUAUCAGUUGCAGUCGAAAAUUAUGAGAUGCAUUAUUCGAAUGCUUGGUGAAAGAGAUGUGUUUUUGAUCAAAAUUUAAACUGAACCCCGAACAUUAUCAGGAAGGCUAUUCCAGAGUUUGGGAUCCAAAUGUGAAAAAGCUUCAAUUCCUUUAGUUGACUUUGCUAUCCUAGGAACUACCCAAAGUCCAGCGUUUUGUGACCUUAUGUAUCGUGAUGGAUUGUAGAGUAAAAUACUGGUAGAAGACUAGUUAGAUACACAGGAGCUAAACCUUUAAAGGUGCUGUAGGGAACUUUUGUAAAAAAAUAUUUUUUACAUAUUUAUUAAACCUGUCAUUAUGUCCUGACAGUAGAAUAUGAGACAGAUAAUCUGUGAAAAAAAUCAAGCUCCUCUGGCUCCUCCCAGUGCUCCUAUUGCCAUUUGCAGAAACUCCAUCGCUCACGGUAAAAAACAACCAAUCAGAGCUGCGGUCCGUAACUUUGUUUGUGUCCAAAAUGUAGAAACAUGUAUAUAAUAAGCGAGUACACCAUGAAUCCAUUUUCCAAACCGUGUUUUUGGCUUGUCCUGAAUCACAAGGGUGCACCUAUAAUAAGUGUUUAUAUUCAGACUAUUUUAGAUUGCUUCGAGGAUACCGCGGCGGAUUAACCCAGUACCUUUGUGAUUCUUCAUAGACAUAAACAGAGAGAAGUAGUUCCGGCUACGAUGUUCUUCCACAAGACGCAAGCAGUUCUGUUUAUUAACCGCUAGAGCGUCAAAAGUUCCCUACCGCAGCUUUAAGGGCCUUACAGGUUAGUUGCAGGACAAUAACAGGUAACAUGAUUCAUAGCUUGGCAAUGUUUCUGAGAUGGAAUAAUGUUUUUUUGUGUUUUUUUUUUUGUAACAUGGGAAAUAUGGUUUUCAUAAGACAAGUUGCUGUCUGAUAUAACAGACAGAUUUUUCACUGUAGAGGAGGUAACAUCUGUCUAGUUGCAAAUUGUUUUCCAAGGUGAUUUU